AGGCUCUUGCUGUUGAAGCAAACAGAACAAUCAUUAACCGCAGAGCAAAUCCGGCUGAGGGUUAAAGGUCGUUCUGAAGACCUUCUCAGUCUGACUGUCGCCUCCAGAGACCAGACCUGACGGCAAAACGCGCCUCAAAUGGAGGAGUUUUCGGGUUUACAUCCCAGAGAAGUUGUGCGGCGAGUGUCCUCCUCUCUGGGCUGCAGCCCCUCCUCGCCGCAGGUGGCUGCUUACUUUGACGAAAACGAUGACCUGCGGCAUCUCCGACAGCAUUUCCUGAUGCCUAAAGUUGCAGAUCUUCCUGCCUCUGACCUGUCGCUCGUGGACGGCGGCGAGGAAUGCAUCUACCUCUGUGGAAACUCUCUGGGCCUUCAGCCAAAGAUGACCAGGAAAUACCUGGAGGAGGAGCUGGACAAGUGGGCCAGAACAGGAGUUCACGGUCACACGGACGGGUCCCGGCCGUGGGCGUGGGCCGAAAACAACAUCGAGGACCUCAUGGCUAAAGUAGUCGGUGCUAAAACGUCUGAAGUGGCUCUGAUGAACGGUCUGACCGUCAACCUGCACCUUCUGAUGCUCUCCUUCUACAAACCCACCCAAAGCAGACACAAGGUCCUGCUGGAGGCCAAGGCCUUCCCCUCAGACCACUAUGCGGUGGAGUCUCAGAUCCGCCUGCGGGGAUUGAACCCUCAGCACAGCAUGCUGAUGCUGUCACCCAGGGAGGGAGAAGAAACCCUGCGGACCGCAGACAUCCUGGAAGCCAUUGAGAAGGAGGGCGACUCCAUCGCCGUGGUGAUGCUCAGCGGCGUUCAGUAUUACACCGGACAGCUGUUUGACAUGGCAUCCAUCACGCAGGCCGGACACCAGAAGGGCUGUUUCGUCGGCUUCGACUGUGCACACGCCGCAGGAAAUGUUGAGCUGAAGCUCCACGACUGGGGCGUCGACUUCGCCUGCUGGUGCUCCUACAAGUAUCUAAAUUCUGGUGCUGGCGGUCUGGCGGCGGCAUUUGUCCACGAGAAACAUCAACACAGCAUCCAACCGGCGCUGUUAGGUUGGUGGGGCCACAACCUCCAAACUCGCUUCCAGAUGACAAACGUCAUGGAGCUGCAGCCUGGAGUGAGCGGCUUCCGCCUGUCAAAUCAGCCCAUUCUGCUGGUCUGCCCCCUCCAGGCCAGUCUGGAGGUGUUUAACCUCACCAACAUGCAGGCGCUGCGCAGGAAGUCGGUCCUGCUAACGGGCUACCUGGAGAACCUGAUUCAGCACUACUUCAGCGAGGACCCGGCUGAGCCUCGAAAGCCCCACGUCCGCAUCAUCACGCCCUCCGACCCGCAGCAGAGAGGCUGCCAGCUGUCGCUGGCCUUCUCCGUCCCCAUCAGGAAAGUCUUCCAGGAGCUGGAGAGGAGGGGAGUCGUGUGUGACAUGAGGGAACCCAACGUGCUGCGGAUCGCUCCAACGCCGCUCUACAACUCCUUCAACGACGUCCAUCGCUUCAUCUCCACGCUGAAAGACGCUCUUGACGCAUGCAGGGGCCAGUGAAGAAGUUUGGAGGAAACCCUCCAAUGCUGCAACAUCGACUGUUUGGGGACAAAUCUAAAGACAGCUGACAUUUAGAAAAACAUUAAAAGGGACAAAAUCUAGUUUUUCUCUUCUUUUCCAAUACCAAGACCAUAUAGAGCUGUGUGAACGAUGACAUGAAAUAAAAAAAUUGAGCGAAUCUUCAUUCAAAA